UUAAUAAACGUUAUUGAAUACAUCACAACACUGACCCAUAGCACAUCUGCCACUGUACAGAACUGUGUUUGUGUGAAAGACAUGUGAAACGUGGUUUAAUGGAAGUGCAGAGGUCUCAUGAUUGUUAGGUGAGUUCAUGGACUCAUAAAUUUUGCUUAACUGCCUACUUUGAACAAUGUCAAGGGCAAUCGUUUUCUGUAUUUCCUUCUCCUGGCCAAGGAAGCCUUGUGACUGUUGCAGGCAAUGGAAAGAAUGCUAUCUGAAAGCCCGCUGAGGAGAUGCAGACCUAUUCAAGAGUUCAGUGGCCAUCUUAAAGGGCUAGUUUGCCAUUUUUUUUUUCUGGCACUAACACCUACCAUCCCAAAUCUAAAUAACGGAAGUAUGGAGAUGUGCUCCUCAUCCCCUUUAUUUAUUCCAAGGUGCUUUAGGAUGCAAUUUGAAGAUGGAUUGUGCCUGUGAAGAUUGUGUCACUAUUGUGUCUUUGGGUACAGCACCACUUAUUUGUAAAGGUUUACACCCAAACCUUGCAGCGAUUGAAACCAAGGACUAAAUAAAUAUUUUGGCCUUUUUUAUAAAGACAUGUAAUUUUAAUAUAACUAAAGCCUAUUUUCUGGUUUUCACUGUGUUUAUUUUUAUACACCUACAAAUUAAUGCUCCAUAUAUCAACUGCAGCUUUGCUGAUAUGCAACUGGUAAGGGUUUAAUUCAGAAAUGGUUAGUAGGUUAGUUUGAACUGUAGUAUAGAAGUGUACAUAUGUUUGAGAAUGUCUCUAUGUUAAGUGUUCCCAAGAUAAUGGAGGAUGUAGAGAUAUACAGUCCAUAUUGUACUAUUAAAUAUUGGUCUAAUGGCUUUGUUGUGUUGCCUUUAGCUUUCCAGCAGUAUCGGACAGAAGUCAUGAGUCUGUCCAGUUUGUGUUGAGAUAAAUUUGGUAACUGAAGCCAGUGCAGCUGCCACCCCUUGGAAAGUUACUGUGUUUUCACACGUUUACUGUAACAACUGCUGCUUAUUUAUAUGCUUGAUUACGAUAAGCUAACCCUAUAAAUAGGUUAGCGGUUUUGACUAAAACAAAAUCAGAUUCCAAAGCUUUCUGUCAAGGCUUAUUACAAACAAUACUGCAGUCCCAAGAUAGACUGGAAAAUCUGUGGAGAGGAAGGAAGUUGGUGUUACAGUUGGCUUGAAAAGAAAACGUAUAUUUUGUGCAGAAGAUUUCACAUUGAAUUUCAUAAUUAGUUAUUUCAUAACUAAAUCCUUUAAAAUUUAGUUAUCAACGUUAACAUCAGUGCUGGGGGUAGUUUGCAUUUGUGUUCUGUUGAUUUGCUUUAAGAAAUUAUCAACCAAAGAGUACAAUAUUUAUUCCUUACCAAAUCAAUCCUUGACUAGUGAUGCGUUCUGAUGUUCAUUAGUGAUUAUAUAUACUAGUAUCCAUAAACGUUUUCACAAUGAAACAUUCUUGAACAACAUUCAGAGAUUUUUUGUUGUUGUUGAUAGGCCUAGUGUCAUUUUCUGGCAACACCAGUCAGUCAACAGAGGGCGCUCUAACAAUAUUACAGAUGUACCAAAAAUAGACAUAAGAGAACUUCAUGUACAGAUUUUGUAAUUGUUACUGAUUUAUGUCUGUCACACCAGUAAAGAUUUACGAAGUUUACGUUCUAAAAUGUGUUUUUGGAAUGAAGAAGACAAAAGUAAAACGGGGAGAGACGAGGCUGAAGGAGGCUGAAAGCCAUCAAAAUGGUGGUAAAGUUCCCUUGGAAGAGUCGGGCAUGGAUAUGGAGAAGCAGUUGGAAGGUAAUGAGUGGCAGCUGAAGAUCCUGAGAGAGGUGCAGGCUGCCAGUGGUAACCAGGAGAGGGCAGAGCUACUGAAGGGAUAUUCCCUCAAAGAGUUCUGUGCGUUGGUCCAGAGCAUUUCCGACAAGGUGAAGACUGAAACAGUUACAGAACUGAACAUCCAUCAUGAAGAGAAAGGCAAGAAAACCUCAGAGGAACACCAGAAGGAGGUGGAGGAACUUAGAAGGAUACACUGUGAAGAGAAGACUUUCUUAACUGAAACCUACCAAGCAGCUGAGAAUGUGUUGAAGGCAAAGAUUGAGGUGUUGACUGCAGAGCUCAAGGUUUUCGAUGAAAUUAAAAGGAGAGUAAAGGAGUCAACCUUCAAGAAGGACCUUCAAAGAAACAUUCAGGCCCAUGGCAGUCCUGGUGCAUUCUGGGAGUCAGAGCAGGAGAGUCUGUUGUUUGUGAUCGAAAUGAAAACUCGGUGUGUUCAGGAGCAGGGAAACAAGCUGCUACAGAUGGAGGACUUGGUGGAGAAGAACCUGUCAUUAGAAGAUCAAGUUAUACAUCUUCUACAACAAAAUGAGGACCUCAGGAUUCGCGUUGACAACUAUCAAAGCCUUAUACAGCAGCUGUCAAAGAAGGAGCAGCAACAGCAGGGGGAGCUAGAGAGGCAGUCUCAUCUCAGCCAGAGGCUUAGCCAAGAGAAGGAAGAACUCAUGUUUAAGCUGAAGCACAGGGAUUCCUGCCCCUCCAUCCACCUGCCAGCCAUCGUGGCUGAGCUAGCCCCCAGAUGACCCUACCAUACCGGACUCCUCAUAACUAGUGAACAUUCCAAGAUCAUCCAAUGUAACCCUAAUUAUUCUAGGUAAACCCAACGCUUCUAGGAACUCAAUUUGAAUCAGUCACUGUUUAUAUACUGAACAAUACCAGCACCAGUGGAUUCUUUCCACAACUUCUACCAGCUGUACUAUUGGGUCAGUGGCCAAUUAAAUAAUUCAAGUUUCUCAGACUCUGGAGAAGUGUCAAGGUAGACGCUAGAGAUGACUUAUCUUCAAAUGCAUCAAGUUUUAGGAUAAUGUUCAACAAGACGAACUAACACUGUUCAGUUACACUAGUGCUCCGAGUACUGGAGGUGUAUUACACAUAGACCUGAGUCCACAUCUACAGUAGCAAAUGUUUAUUUUUAAUUUUAUUUGUAUUACCUGUGCCUUUCAUUAAACUCAUAGCAGUGGACGCAUCCACUUUCUUCUGGUUCUGAUUUGAUGUUCAGUGUACACCUGAACUAUACGUUGUAGAUGAUUGAAUAACUGCAUUGUCAACUGGAUAGGUAGCAUUGCAACUGUAGCUGUUACAACAUGUAAACUGUAUACUACUGUUUGUCUUGGUACAUUUGUUUGUUCUGUGAAAUAUAUUUUUUGUCUUGCUAUUAAGGAACAUUGCCCAAUUACAACAAACCAAAAGCAGUUAAUGGUGUUGUUUUUUUGUAUUUACAUUUUUUUUGUAUUAAUAUGCACUAGCACUUUUUAAUCCGUGUUGAACUAAUAGUGUUUGACAGAGAUUUGCAUUCUUGAUUUUAAAUGGAAAUGUGUUCAUGCCUAUUCAGUUUUACUUUUUCAUUUAUUUUGUUUUUAAUGACUAAGGGUGUUUAUCUAGUGUGUCAUCAGCCUUACCACAUUUUACUUUGACAGAAAAUGAAUACUGGACUUGAGUCAAUGUCUUUAGUUGAUGUGAUGCAAGUCAAAUAUCAAGCUGCUUUGAUAAGUUUAUUGAAGAUGUUGAGAAGUAUAAUUAAAUCUUACAGCACGA